AGGAAAUGUUUUCAAGCGGGUGACCAGAAAGAGGAGGAGAGAUGUGGUUAGGCUCGGCUCUAACUUUAUAGUCAGGUGGUUUAUUGAAAUGACAGCGAUAUCACACUCAUGGUAGGACAGAGCCUCUAAAAGAAGACGCCAUAGGAUGAAGAAACACAUGGACUGAAAUGUACAAGAUCUCAGGACUGCACUCAGUACCGCCAUCUCACAGCUUCAGGAUCCCUGGUUCAAUCCUGAGCUCGGGUUAUUCUGCACUGGGGGUUUCCUCUGGGUUCUCUGGUUUCUUCCCAAAAACUGCAGAUAUAGGAACAUCGGCAACUCUAAAUUCUCUGUAGGUGUGAAUGUGUUUGCAUUGUGCCCUGUGUGACUGGCAUCCCAUCCAGCUUGUAUUCCCAGCUCGCUGCCUGUGUUCCUGAGAUUGACUAACUGACGAUGACUCUAUAAACCAUUCCAUUCCACAAAGCAGACGCGUGAGAACUGUUCUUCAACAUGGAUGAAGAGACCCAUCAAAGCUUAUUCCAGCCUAAAGAAAAGAUCAAUUUAAGGCCGUCCAUGAAUGCAAACCAACGCUAUGGCUCCAUCGACGAGCCAGAAGAGAUUCAAACCCUCAUCACUAAUACAAACAGCGACAUCCCCUCACCCCGAAGAGCUUACAUUGCUGUAGCUGUGCUGUGCUACUUGAACAUGCUCAACUACAUGGACCGCUACACCAUCGCAGGAGUUCUGCCUAGCCUCCAGAAAUACUUUGGGAUCAGAGACAGCACAUCUGGAUUAUUACAGACAGUUUUUAUCUGCAGUUUCAUGCUGCUGGCCCCAGUCUUCGGGUAUCUUGGAGACAGAUAUAACAGGAAGCUGAUCAUGGUGGGUGGGAUGGUCGCAUGGAUUAUCACAACCCUGGGCAGCUCCUUUAUCACGGCAGAGUACUUCUGGGUGCUGGUCCUCAUGCGAGCCUUGGUCGGCACUGGAGAGGCCAGUUACUGCACCAUAGCUCCAACCAUUAUCGGGGACUUGUUCACUGGCUCCAAAAGAACCCUCGUGAUCUCCUUCUUCUAUAUUUUCAUCCCUGUUGGAAGUGGUCUUGGGUACAUUCUGGGAGCUACGAUUGCUACGGCCACAGGAGAUUGGCGAUGGGCUCUUAGGCUGAACCCGAUUCUGGGCAUACCGGGGGUGAUCCUCCUCCUGUUCCUGACCCCCAACCCUCCACGAGGAGCUGCAGAAACCAACGGAGAAGCAUGUAUAGAGCACACAUCUUACCUAGAGGAUGUCAAGUAUCUAUUCAGGAACCGGAGCUUUGUUUGGUCCACUUUGGGAGUGACCGCCAUGGCUUUCGUCACAGGAGCUUUGGCUUUCUGGACACCCACCUUUAUGUCUCGUGCUCGAGUCAUCCAGGGCAUCACUCCUGCAUGUACUAAAGAACCAUGUGACCCUUUAGACAGUUUUGUCUUCGGGGGAAUCACGGUGGUGACGGGAAUCGUGGGCGUUUUCAUCGGCUCCUUGAUAUCUAAGAAUUUGAAGGACAAACUGCCCAAUGCUGACCCUCUCAUCUGCGCUGUGGGAAUGCUCAGCUCUUCCCCCUGCUUUUUCAUCGCCAUGGUCCUGGCAUCCAUUAGCAUUCCUGCUACAUAUACUUUUAUCUGUAUUGGAGAAAUCCUGCUUUCUCUAAACUGGGCCAUUAUAGCUGACAUCCUACUGUAUGUUGUUAUUCCAACCCGAAGGUCAACAGCUGAAGCCUUACAGAUUUUAACAUGUCACCUGCUUGGUGAUGCAGGAAGUCCAUACCUCAUUGGCAUAAUCUCAGAUGCUCUGAGUAAGCUCAAAACCGACUCUCAUGACUGGAAGUUUCGCAGACUAGAGUACAGCGUCAUGCUCUGCCCUUUCAUCGGUGUCCUGGGAGGCCUUUUCUUCCUCCAGACCUCCCUCUAUAUCAAAGCGGACAGGACAGCUGCCGAGAUGCUGACCAAAGGAAGAACUCCAGACCAAGCUGAACCUGACACAGAGUCAGCCUGACCAACUGUAGGAGCACACACUCGUGGAGGAAGAGUCAAACUCUUGCAGCUCAUAGCCACUGCUCUGUAUAUAAUGCACUGUGAUAUUCUUUUAAUAUGUUUUAAUAACAUUUUUAUGGGUGUCUAUAUGAAGAAUAAUUGAUAUGUUUUUUAAUA